CGCGUUAUUGUUAUAGUGAAAUGGUUUUUACACGGUAACAAAGGGAUUUACUUUCUAGUAAUAGCUCUCCAGGCUUGCAGAGAUAUUAAACUUAUUUUCAAACUAAAGAUAUCUUAGGAGCUAUCAUCACAAACCCAAGCCCCAAUGUUGUAUUUUUAGUAUUUUAGAAGAGGCGUUAGGAGCAUUUCAACAGCGGGCGCACUUGCAUAAUUCUAGGUGUAAAUAAAAACAUGUUGCAGGCACUGAAGACUCUCCGCUGGGCACACCCAGUACGGACGCUAUCCGCUGUGACCACCAGUUCCAACACACAGGCCAACCUUUCCCCUGCUACACCCGCUCCAGAGCCGGAUAAACUCUAUAGUAAACUUGAUAUAGAGCUCCGGGGGAUUGAUCCCGCGGUCUUAAAAAGCUACACCUGGUUUGCUACCACGGCCGCCGAACAUUUGGGUAUUGAAAAGGGCAAGUGUUGGUCACCUCGCAAGGCGCACCACGAGCGAAUGACUCUCCUAAAGUCGGUGCACAUCUACAAGAAGCAUAGGGUGCAGUAUGAGGUGCGAACCCAUUUCCGCUACAUGAACUUUCAUAAACUAACGGGAUCGACGCUUGAUACCUUCCUGGAGUACAUCGAACGCAACUUACCUGAAGGUGUGGCGCUGCAGGCUUCUAAGACGGAGCUUCAGCAGAUACCAGAGCAUUUACAGCAGCCGCCGGAGCAAGUGUAGUCGAGUCCAGGUCAAAAACAUAUAGUUAUAAAUAGUUUCAGCAGGAGCUUGAGAUUAGGCUGAUAAACAAAUAUAAGCACCGGCCAUCGGGGCAUUAAUCGCCCGGAAUCGGGGCCCAGUCCGCGAUUAGCAAAGAUAAGUGUUUGUCAAAAAUAUUGAAAUAAACGUCGUAUCUUGACACACA